AUGUCUUGCUCCAAUCUCACAAUGCUCGUGUCCUCCAAACCUUCCCUCUCGGACCCCUCCAACCUCUCAUUCCGUUCUGUCCUCAACCCUUUUCAGCUCCCUUCUCAAAACCCAACUUCAUGCACCCCUUCACGCUCUUCCUCCACCCAAGUUCAGUGUGGUCUCCGAGAGCUCAGAACCCGCAUUGAUUCUGUCAAAAACACACAGAAAAUCACCGAGGCCAUGAAGCUUGUGGCAGCUGCAAAAGUGAGAAGAGCUCAAGAAGCUGUGGUCAACGGAAGACCCUUCUCAGAGACCCUUGUUGAAGUCCUCUACAACAUCAAUGAGCAGCUCCAAACCGAGGACGUUGACAUUCCUCUAACAAAGGUGAGGCCAGUGAAGAAGGUUGCACUUGUCGUGUGCACCGGCGAUCGCGGCCUCUGCGGCGGUUACAACAACGCAAUCAUAAAGAAAGCUGAGGCUAGAAUUAAAGAGUUGAAGCAACUUGGUUUGGAAUACACUGUCAUAAGUGUUGGCAAAAAGGGUAACUCUUAUUUCAUUCGAAGGCCUUAUAUACCAGUUGACAGGUUUCUAGAAAGUGGGGCACUUCCAACUGCUAAGGAAGCUCAGGCUAUAGCUGAUGAUGUUUUCUCACUGUUCGUGAGCGAAGAGGUUGACAAAGUGGAGCUUCUGUACACCAAGUUUGUGUCAUUGGUGAAGUCAGAUCCUGUGAUUCACACUUUGCUUCCACUAUCACCAAAGGGGGAGAUUUGUGAUGUGAAUGGUGUGUGUGUUGAUGCUGCUGAAGAUGAGUUCUUCAGGUUGACCACCAAGGAGGGGAAGUUGACUGUGGAGAGAGAUGUUGUGAGGACCAAGACUACGGAUUACUCACCUAUUUUGCAGUUUGAGCAAGACCCGGUUCAGAUCCUUGAUGCUCUGUUGCCUUUGUAUUUAAACAGCCAGAUACUGAGGGCGUUGCAGGAGUCGCUGGCUAGUGAACUUGCUGCAAGAAUGAGUGCUAUGAGCAAUGCAACCGACAAUGCUAUGGAGUUGAAGAAGAACUUGUCCAGGGUCUACAAUAGGGCGCGCCAGGCUAAGAUCACUGGCGAAAUUCUGGAAAUUGUGGCUGGUGCCAAUGCCUUGCAAUAG